AUGCAGCAACAAAAGGAGCUCAACACCGCCGCCAGGGCGGGGAACCAAUCAGUAACCGGUCAGAAGCCCCGUCUGAAAGAUAGGAAAGUGAAGGAUCUAACCGCGAACAAGAGGAGACUUGUGGAGGUACCGUACACGGCAACUUUAGGCCACACGAUGAACGCCUUGUUGGCAAACAAAGUGGUGGCGGUGCCAGUGGCUGCGCCUCCGGGGCACUGGAUAGGUGCAGGUGGGUCCAUGAUCAUGGAAUCUGAUAAACACACUGGCGCCGUUCGGAAACACUACAUAGGUAUGGUCAACAUGUUUGACAUAUUGGCACACAUUGCUGGAGAUGAUCGGAUGAACGGUGGAGAUGAUAGUGAUGCGUUUAAUCUCGACGAAAAGAUGUCCGUACCCGUGUCGAACAUUAUAGGACACUGCCUCGAAGACCUUAGUCUAUGGACUCUAAACCCCAACACAAGUGUACUGGACUGCAUGGAAUUGUUGAGCAAAGGAGUCCACCGUGCCUUAGUCCCGGUGGACAGUCAAAUGGAGAACGUCUCAGGAGUGGAGCUGGUGGAGUCGGCGUCGAGCUAUCGGAUGCUUACACAGAUGGACUUGUUGAUGUUCGUGAAGGAGCAACAAGCGGACGAACUUCAAGGCAUCAUGUCACGCAGUGUUGGGGAAUUAGGAGCUGUGAAUGAAACUGUAUUCGCAAUAACAGAUCGUACCAAAGUUAUCGAAGCCAUCAAGAACAUGAGAGCUGCUAUGUUGAAUGCUGUCCCAAUAGUCCAAUCCACACACACCAUUCAUGAAGAUCACAGCCAGCUUGUUGAAGGCGGAGGGAGGAAGGUGGUGGGGACAUUUUCGGCAACAGACCUGAGGGGAUGCCAUUUGGCUUCACUAAAGACGUGGUUGCGACUUACAGCUCUGCACUUCACUGAGGAGAUAUUGACGAGUCCUUUGUUUUCAUCUUCAGGGGUAGGAUCGUCCAGGGAACUUGUGACUUGCCACGUUGAUUCUCCACUCGGGGAAGUUAUUGACAAGGCUGUAUCUCAACAUGUUCACCGAGUUUGGGUGGUGGACCGAAUGGGCCUGCUUGUUGGGCUGGUCUCUCUUACGGACAUGAUCAGAGUAUUAAGGGCCAGUAUACUUUCUGAGCCCAAUGCUUGUUUGGUGGAGCUUAUAAGCUUAAACGGACCCAUCACAUACAAAGAUAUCGAUGGUAUGUUUGGUGGAGGUUAUAUGUUAGCUUAUAAGCUUUACUCCCAUACCCAACCAAACGUCUAA